AACCACUCCUAAAAAGCCAACCAGUAUCAAACAACGGCCGUACAUCACGACCUUAUCUCAAAAUGUCCAAGCGCAUAUACUAUACCUACAAGACCAUCGAAGCGUGGGAGACUCACGAUGAAGAAGUCAGAAAGAUUAUUACAGAGGACACCAAAACAGACAACUGGAUCUGCAAUCGAGCCCUCCCUCCCACUUGCUACCCCCCACCGCUGAGCGCCGAAGCGAUUGAGAAGAUCAAGAAACUAAGCGACGAUAUUGUUGUCGGCGAAAUUGAGGAUUGA